UUUUCUUCGUGCAUGUCGGAGCUAUGUUUCACUGUCGGAGGAACGUUUCUGGAGCGGCUUUAUUACCGCAGCGCCUGCACGACGUUCUUCACGCGAGCCGCGCAUUGCGUAACCACCGCGCGAUGUGCUGCUCUCGCGUUUACCGGAGAUUCACGGCGAUGCACGCUGUUUUAUCCCGUUCCCGUCCACACGAGUUUGCGUUGAGCGCGGAUCGAAGCGUCCUCAGACUCGGUGAACUCGAGUCGUUUCUGUCCGCUCGUUCUUCAGCUGCUGUCGCGAUCCAAACGAGACGAUCAUCCGCGACUCCCGGGAAGACGCAAGAAGAACGCGCCGCGAACACGCAAACGGAUCCGGUGUCAUCUGUGUCCGGCGCUGAAGGUCAGAGGUCAGAUGAGAAGCCCAGUAAGACGCAGCAGCUCAGGAAGGUGUUUAAGGAGUACGGCGCGGUCGGCGUCUCCUUCCACAUCGGAAUCUCGCUCAUUUCUCUGGGAAUGUUCUACCUCGUCGUAUCCAGCGGGUUUGACAUGGCAGCGCUGCUGUGUAAGCUGGGCUUCAGUGAGUCGGUGGUUCAGUCGCGGAUGGCUGCCGGCACCAGCACAUUUGUGUUAGCGUACGCUGUGCACAAGCUCUUCGCUCCGCUGCGGAUCAGCAUCACGCUGGUGUCCGUGCCGCUGAUCGUCAGACACCUCCGGAGGACGGGACUCUUCAGAACCGGAUCGUCCGGCCCGUGAGGAACACACUCAUAAGCUUCUCUAGAGCGCUUCAUUCAUAGCUGCCCAAACACGACACUAACGUCCUGCAGCGCUUCUCUGGAGCGGACAGUACCUCAAACGUUCUCUGAUCAGGACUUUCAUGACCGUUCUUUAGUUUUCAGCUCUGCAGUCCUUAUGAAGUCUGCUGGCAUUUAUUCAUUUUAGCAGCUGUGAUUUUUGUGGAUGAAAGAGUUAAUGAAGGACUAAUGUGUUGGUGUUUUAUUCUAAGAAAGUUGAAUUAAGUUUUUUUUAAUCAUCUAUCAGACUGGAUUUUUGAAUUUUGACUCUUAGUUAUAUUGAAAAUCUCAUUGUGUAAUAUUAUUGGAAAUCUUAAUAUUGUAAAGACAAUGUUAUAUUUGGCUGUUUAAUUUUAUAAUAAAAUAUA